AUGCCGUGUCUUGGAAGCGCGAGGCUCAUCUCCGGCUUGCGGACAGUUCCAGUCUCGACGUCUCUACACCGUCCUCGCUCCUCGUUGCGUUCAUCAUGCUUUAGCGUCUCGAGCUCCAUCGCUCGUGGAGUGCCACGUCGCGCAUUCUCCAUCAUCCCGCAUUCUCCAAGCAAUCUCUUCGACUACACCUCGGGGCGGUGGAUCAUAAAUGAUGCCCUUCGCCACGCAGAGCGCAGACGUGUGUUCAACGUCGAUGGGCUAUGUCGACUCGCAGCGCAGUCCGUCGACCGGAGCCCUGAUGACAUUGUCGACCUGACCAAACUCGCCGAGGGCGGGUUCAACCGUAUCUUCCUCAUCACCAUGCGCGAUGGCUUCCAGAUGGUGGCGCGUAUCCCGUACCCGGCUACGGUACCCAAGGAUUUGGCUGUCGCUAGUGAAGCGGCCACUAUGGCUCUACUCCGUUCCUCCGGGCUCCCUGUACCUGAGGUAUACGGAUACUCGCCUGUGCCAGACAACGCGGCAGAGACCGAGUAUAUCUUCAUGGAAUUCGUCAUAGGGACAACGCUAAGCGACGUAUGGUUUGACUUAGAAGAAGAGGAAAUCGUUCCAGUCAUGCGCCAACUUGUUGAACUCGAGUCGAAGAUGAUGUCAAUCUCUUUCCCGGCUGGCGGGAGCCUGUACUACGCACAGGACUUGGAGAAGUUGGUCGGGACACCGGGCAUCCCACUGGAGGACAAGCGUUUCUACGUCGGUCCAGACACAAGACUGCCUCUGUGGUCUGGUAGGAGGUCGCAGCUCGACGUAGAUCGAGGACCAUAUGAAAACGUUGAAGCCGCACUCGCGGCACCAGCGUACAAGGAACUGGCUUAUCUGAAGCAAUUUGGUCGACCGCUGUUGCCUUUCGAGCGUAUGAGGAGGGAAGCGUACCGGUAUCAGGAGCAGCCGCCGUCGGAUCACAUCGAGAACCUGAACCGCUAUCUCCUGAUCGCGCCGUCACUCAUACCCAAGAACCCGGUCCUCGGUCGUUUCUGCAUCCGCCAUCCCGAUCUGCAGUCCGGUAAUAUCAUCGUUUCGAGGUCGCCAGACUCCACCUGGCGCGUCGUCAGCCUGUUGGACUGGCAACACGCCCCGAUCCUUCCCCUGUUUCUUCUUGCCGGUCUUCCCCAACGCUUCCAGAACUACGAUGAUCCCGUCUCGCAAUAUAUGACGCAGCCUUCGCUCCCGAAGGAUUUCGACGAGCUAGAUGAGUCUAAGAAGAGCGACGCGAAGGAAGUAUAUCGUCGCCGCCUCGUCCACUUCCACUACGUCAAGAACACGGUAAAGUACAACAAACUUCAUCACGCAGCGUUGAAGGACCCUAUGGGCACGCUGCGCCGCCGCCUGUUCGGUCAUGCGAGUGACCCAUGGGAGGGCGAAACGCUCGCGCUCAAGGUCGACUUGAUAGAAGCAACGGAGAACUGGGAGACCCUUGCGGGUGGAAGCGCGCCAUGUCCUGUCGUGUUUGACCCCGAGGACGUACGCAAGACGAUGAAGCUCGAUGAAGAACAGAGAGGAGCGGACGAGAUCAUGGAGGAAUUGCGGAACGGCCUCGGCUGCGGGUCGGACGGCUGGGUACCCACCGAGCGGUACGAGAAAUCCAUGGCACUCAGAAAGCAGAUGAAGGAGCAUGCGUUGGCGAUGGCCACGCCGGAGGAACGUCCUGAGAUCGUUGGGCACUGGCCCAUGGACGACAUGGAUGAAGAGCCAUACAUGUAACUCGUCGAGUACAAAGGUGCGGUCGGAGGAAUAGAAGAAUGUAGAAAGUGUUCGC